UGUUUCUCUAAGCGAGUUUAUCAACGAGCAGUUAACUGCUGCUGAAGAAACAUUAACGGAGUUUUAUAAAAAUCAUCGUCAAGUCCGAGGAAGAGAUGGAUGAUCAGCGCAGACUGCUGGAUUUCUCCCGGACUCCCCGGAUAAUCUUACAUCGGAUAGAUUGCCUGCAACAUAACAUUUACAAUGAGGAGCCAUGGAACCAGGAGAGGAGAUCCACUCUGGACCAGGAGGAGUUAGAAUCUCUGCAGGUGAAACAAGAACAGGAAGAACCAGAAGAUCUGCAGAUAAAAGAAGAGCAGGAGGAUCUAGGACAUCAGCAGAUAAAAGUGGAAGAGAAAGAAGUUCACUGCAGUCAGGGUGAAGAACAGGUUGAGUUAAAACAGGAGACUGAUACCUGCAUGGUGGUUCCUGUUGAUGACCAAACAAACCAAACUGAAUCAGAACCAAACAGGAACCAAGUCAUCUUCCAGGAAGCUGCUGAAGCUGAGGACCAAAUUCAGGAAGGAAGAAAACCUUUCUCAUGUGUCAUCUGUGGAAAAAGUUUUAAACAAAAACAAGGUUUAACUCGUCACAUGACGAUUCACACCGGUGAAAAGCCAUUUUCAUGUGUGACCUGUGGACGAAGUUUUAGUCGAAAACAGAAUUUAACUCAUCACAUGAUGAUUCACAUGGGGGUAAAGCCGUUUUCAUGUGUGAACUGUGGAAAAAGUUUUAUUCACAAAGUUAGUUUAACUCGUCACAUGAUGACUCACACCGGUGAAAAGUUGUUUUUAUGUGUGAACUGUGGAAAAAGUUUUUGUCGAAAAAGGAUUUUAGCUGAACACAUGUUGAUUCACACCGGUGAAAAGUUGUUUUCAUGUGUGAACUGUGAAAAAAGUUUUCGUCACAAAGUUAGUUUAACUCAGCACAUGAUGAUUCACACUGGUGAAAAGCCGUUUUCAUGUGGGAGYUGYGGAAAARGUUUUAGUCWAAAAMARVMUUUAACUCAGCACAUGAUGAUUCACACUGGUGAAAAGCCGUUUUCAUGUGUGACCUGUGGAAAAAGUUUUCAUCGAAAAGAUAAUUUAACUCAGCACGUGAUGAUUCACACUGGUGAAAAGCCGUUUUCAUGUGUGAACUGUGGAAAAAGUUUUAGUCGAAAACAGCAUUUAACUCACCACAUGAUGAUGCACACUGGUGAACAGCCGUAGAACUAUUUUCCAUCUAAAUCCUAUGUUGAGUUUCGCUGUAAAUGCUGGAACCGAUGCAUCCAAUUUUCUCUGUAACACAUCCGUCACCCAUCUGUGGUUGUAGCUAGAGCGAAAAAAAAAAAGAAAGUCAACUAUUUUGUGCAUACACUGACCCAUACUGUAAUGUUGUAAUACAGUCGGUUGUGAAUAAAUACUACUGAAUGUGUUUAAAACAGUGAAGGCACGGGUCAUCAUGUGAAUGUAUGUAGUGUUUGUAAAAGCAGAGAAGAAAAUGACUGCAAACUCAACCUCAACUUUCUUGCAAGGUUCAAGUAAUCUGUGCUGCACUUGGAGACUGAGGCAUUCUAUGAAUUAGAAAAAAACUUAAAACUGAUUGUAUCCCCUUGAAAUAUGUUUUAAAUUACUUUUUUAUAAUGCUACUUUGAUUUGUAUUUCAUAAAGAGGCUAGUUUUUAUUUUUAUUUUCUUUCCCAUCAAAAAAUAAAUAAUUCACUUGGAAAGAGA